AUGUCGAGCUCAAUCGUCUUUGACCACUUAUUCACCUGCGACAGUAUAGACAAAGAUGGCAAGAAGUUCGAUAGAGUGGCCAGAAUCGGUGCAACUUCGACAACGCCAAACUUGAAUUGCAUUAUUGAUUUGCCUGUUGAGGUUUUCAGUUUGGCGGAGAAUGAGAAAUUCACAAUGGCUUUGUCUACUUCGCUGUCUAAUGAUAGUACUGCACAAGCCCAGGGACACGGUUGGAGGCCUGGCAUGGAUAACCAAGGUCUGGCUGCCGAUUACGAGUAUGUCUGUUUCGGCAAGGUUUACAAGUUCGACGAAGGAAAGCAGGAAAUAGCCACUGCUUAUAUCUCUUUCGGCGGUUUAUUACUCGCAAUCACCGGUCAUGUCCGCUACUUGAGCGAUAUCAGCGUAGGAGAGGAUCUUUAUUUGCUUGUUCGCAGAUGA